AUGCCUCGUGAUCCCUCUCAUAAACCCCGUCUUCCUCUCUUGUUACUCACCUCUCUCCUAAUCCUCAUCCUGGCGGCCUUCAUCCCCUCCAUAACCCCCCGCCUCACCCUCAUCCUCUCCCACCUCCGCUCCCAAUCCACCACCCCAAACCUCACCAAAAUGACGUCCCUCUACUCCCGCGAGCUCGAAAUCGCCCAGCUAGCCGUCCAACGCGCCUCCAUCCUCACCAAACGCGUCUUCCACGAGACCUCCAAAGGAACCGUCUCCAAAGACGACGCCUCCCCCGUCACCAUCGGCGACUUCGGCGCCCAAGCCCUGAUCAUCUCCGCCCUCAAGCACAACUUCCCCCACGACGAAAUCGUCGCCGAGGAAGAGGCCACCGAGCUCCGCGCCAACCCUCCCCUCCGCGAUCAAAUCUGGGAGCUUGUCCGCACUACCAGCUUGGAUGACGUCGCUGCUGAAGGGCUUUUGGGAGGCGGGAUCAAGGAUGCGGAUGCAAUGCUUGAUAUCAUCGACCAAGGAAACAGCAAAGGUGGAAAAGUAGGGAGGGUCUGGACUAUUGAUCCAAUUGAUGGCACCAAGGGUUUUUUGAGAGGGGGGCAGUACGCCGUUUGCCUUGCCCUGCUAGAGGACGGGGAUGUCAAAGUGGGAGCGAUCGGGUGUCCUAACUUGCCGGUUGACGAUGCGGCGCCUUUGACGGCCGAUAUCGGGGCUAAUGCUACCGACGACGAAGGGAGGGGUGUGCUUUUUUCUGCGGUUAUUGGACAGGGCGCAACGAGCAGACCUCUCAAGGCCGGUGCCCUGGCUGAGGGGAGGAGCAUCUCUAUGAAGCCUCUUACCGACAUGUCCAACGCAAGCUUUUGCGAGAGCGUCGAGGCGGGACACUCGAACCAGAGCGAGUCGGCGCAGAUUGCGCAGAAGCUGGGGAUUACCAAGCAGAGUGUGAGAAUGGACUCGCAGGCCAAGUACGGGUCUAUUGCCAGAGGCGCGGGCGAUAUCUACCUGCGUUUGCCGACUUCCAAGACAUACCAGGAGAAGAUCUGGGAUCACGCUGCUGGUGAUUUGAUUGUGAGGGAAGCUGGCGGCCAGGUAACCGAUAUCAAGGGUAACCGUCUGAAUUUUGGCGUGGGGAGGACGUUGGCCACCAACAGCGGUGUUAUUGCUGCGCCAAAGGCUGUUCACAGCCAAGUCCUGAGCGUCGUUCAGGAGGUCCUGGGUGUAAAAUAA